AGAGGAGGAUGAGGAGGAGGAAGAACAGGGGGAGACUGGAGAGGAGAGCGGAGAUGUGGACAUGGCCAGUCAGAUCCUAGAUGAGGACGAGACAGUAGUGAAGGGUCCUGCUGAAGACAUGAAGAAAGACAAAGAGAAAGAGAAAGACAAGGAGAAAGAGAAAGAGAAAGACAAGGAGAAGGAGAAAGAGGCUGCCACAGAUGAUUCAACUGUGAAAGCAGAAGAAGGAAAAGGCACAGCGGAGAGAAAAACACAGGAGCAGGAGGAGGAGGAGAAGAAAGAGGAGGAGAAGAAGGAGACGGAGGGGGAGAAGAAGGGAGGAGCAGGAGAACCUGCAGCUGCAGCAGAGAGAGACGCUAGCAGCGGACAGAAGAGUCCAGGCAAGAAAAGUCCAGCCAAGCUGAACAGAGACUUCCUGGGUGGCUCUGGCAGCAAGCUGAGGGCUCCACUGGCUGAGGAGGAGGAGGUCAUGGACGUGGAGGAUGGUGAUCAAGGUGAACCGGAUGGCGACACCAGCACUGAAGACGACACCGCGGAGCUGAAGAAAGACACCGGAAAGGAAUGAGGAGCCGACAAUCAGCCUCAGAGGGACAGCCGGCACACUGUGUGAAGGCACACACACACACACACACACACACACACACACACACACACACACACACACACACACACACACACACACACACACACACACACACACACACACACACACACACACACACACCACCAAGCAAGGCCCAGGACCGUGCUUCUAAAUCACUAGUUUCCUAUUCUAUUCAACACCCUUGUUUCCCUCUCUCUCUCUCAUGCUGACAUAAAAGAGAAAAAAAAUACAAUCUAAGAAAUGAAAAAGCUAUGAGAUGAUAUACCUAUAUGUUAAAAAAAACGUAAUUUCCUGAAACAAUUGUAUAAAUGAACAUAUCAGAGAUAUUCGAGGUGAUGGGUGUCAGAGUUCGGGGGAGGUGCUUGGGGCGGGGUGUUCUACUCGGUCAUACCUCACUGAGAUGCUGCCAGAGAGAGUAGAGAACUUAAAGAAUCUCUGGUCAUACCUCACUGAGAUGCUGCUGCUUGACAAACUCAACCUCCCACAAUCCAUUGGGGCAUCCUGGUGCUGGAGUUGAGCGUGUGUCUGCCAGUUUGGGGUGUAGGAGAGCAUGAGGUGAUUUGAGAGAGAUGGUAGACGAAUGCCCGUGCCGUGCCCAAUCCUUAGUCACAACACUUUAGCAGCCUGUGUAUGCUGAGAGGAUGACGCGAGUGAAUAGAGCCAGAUUAGUCAUUGAUUUAAAAAAAUAUAUACAUAUACAGUAUAUAAAUGAAUAAAUAAUAACUGACAGAUAUCGGGGUUUAGAUGCCAUGGAUUGUGCUCAUGAAUUUAACACUACAUCUGAUUGAUUGAUUGAUUGAUGCUGACGAUGCCAAGUGACGCUCAUUAUAAACUCUUUAUUUUUAGUAUGAAACUGUCCUCAGCACCCUUCUCUACCUGAGUGUGAGUGGAUUUUUGCAAACCAAGUGACACGCGCUCUUAGACCAAGUUAUUUUACCAAGUGAGGAAUGGAUGUAUGUAUUGCAUCAGGCGGCACUUAUUAUUCAUUGCUUUUGUUUUGCGAUCAAAUGUGUUGUAUUUUUUCUUGAUGGUAGGACAUGGUGGCUUUAAUUUCUGCUCACCUUAGUUUCACUCAAACUCCUCUAGGGGGCAUCCAUGAGUGAUGUCGUUUUGCUUUGAAACACCUCUAAAUAAGCAAUGAUGUGGAAAAAUAAAGACAAAAAAACAACCACCACCACCACAAAAAAGAAUCAUCCCAGGAACGAGCAUUGAUCACUGCUGAUCUUCAAAGCUGCCAUGACUUUGCAAAAACAGCUUAUUAAAUAGGACUCUAUUCAUCUCACUACACCUGACACCUCCAUUUGGUCGCAUCUUUAAACAAAUGAGUUCUUCAUAGCGUUACUUUUUCCCCCCGGUGCAUGCCAGUGUUUGUUUGUUUUUCCAAUUCACCAAGUCCUCCCCUCUCUGCGUAAAUACGCUCUCUCCGUUUUCCUUGCCCAUUUCUUUCUCGUUUGUUUUUCUUUUUUGUUCAUCAGAUUUUGUCUGGAAUUACGUCUCAAUAACCUGCCUUAUUCUAGACUAUAAUACAUGAUAUCAACAGGGUGAUGGUGGUGGUGGUGGGGGUGAGUCAAUAAUCCUUUCACCUGAUUGGCUGAAAGCCAUUGAUUUGUUCUUUUGCGCUGAAUGCAGUGAUUGUCAGUCUGUUUUCCUCUAAAAGCAAAAAAAUGAGAAAUGUUCUAAAUGUUUUCUUUUUCCUUUCUGUCGAAUAAAAAUGAUUUGCUCCCGUAAAGUGGUGCCAUGCAGUGCAUCAGAUGAGACUCAUUGAAAUGAUGCCUUCAUACGUACUUUGAUGUUUGCUUUGCUAAACAAAAACGAUCAAUAAAAGAUUCAAACAGUUGUU